AAAAGCUACUUGAUUCACAUGAACCUGUAGAUAUAUGGCUAGAUCCACCAUUGUGUCCAAGUGCAUUCUCCAAGUUGGCAUUUUAUAGCUCUAGACCCUCUUAUGGUUUCUCUAACACUUAGGUACACAAUUUUUUUUGUUUUUAUGUCUUACCUUACGUAAGAAUUUAUUGGAUUAUUUUAUUUAUUUGUUGAUGUAGGACAUCUUUAUGGCUGGAUUUGAAUCUUCAUCUACAGUUGUUAUUUGGGCAUUGGCAGAAAUGAUAAAGAACCCAUAUGUUAUGGCCAAGGCUCAAAAGGAAGUGAGACAAGUUUUUAAGGGAAAACAAAUAUAUGGUGAAGAAGAUCUCAAAAAGUUGACAUACCUAAAGUUAGUGAUUAAGGAAUCACUAAGGCUACAUCCGCCGGCUCCUCUAAUCGCGCCUAGGGAAUGUAGAGAGGAAACAAAUAUUAAAGGAUAUACCAUACCUCUUAAGACUAGAGUACUAGUUAAUGCAUGGGCAGUUGCAAGAGAUCCCGAAAGUUGGGAUGAUCCUGAAAGUUUUAUACCAGAGAGAUUUGAAAACUCUUCUAUUGAUUUUACAGGAAAUCACUUUGAGUUUAUUCCAUUUGGUGCAGGAAGAAGGAUGUGUCCAGGAAUGUUAUUCGGUUUAGCUAAUGUUACAUAUUCUCUGGCUCAAUUACUCUACCACUUUGACUGGGAACCCCCAAAUGGAACUAAUCCCAAAGACUUUGGAUAUGACUGAAACACAUGGAUUAACUGCAGGGAAAAAGAAAGAUCUAUAUUUAAUUGGCACAGAGCAUAGAGACAACUAAGAAUUUUGAUGUUUUGCUUGAAUGGUGAACGUCAAUGCAGCCUAUGUAGUUUUCCAUCUCCUUAUCUCUUGGUUUAAGUAUGUGUGCGACCCCUGUUACAAGUAAACUGAUGUUCUGUUUUUCCCUUGUUAGGACAUAUUCU